AUGGCCGUCGAAGGCACAGCGCACUGCACAGCCUUGCAACAGCAGCUCCACGCUCUCGGGGCAUCAGCAGGAUUUGAAGACCCACAAUGGACGGACCCCACCGCGCCGCAUGCAUCGACCGACAGCGAGGGACAACGAUGGCGAGGUCAAGCGCGGCAAAAGAACAACGACGCCUGCAUAGACCUGUUCGACCUCCUCUAUGGCGCGUGGGAUGAAGAACUCCCGGAGAAAGUGCGGACUCCAUGGGAUGGCAAGAUGCUGGAAGUGCAAAAGGCGGUGCGCGAAUGCCAUGGGGACCUGGCAAAGUUCACCUCUCUCGUCACCGUUGGGAGCGACAUCAUCGGCUUGUUUCCCAUACUCGACUGCUUCUACACCUUCUUGCCCAUUGUCCGUGGCCGGUUCGAGUUGCUCGAAGAACUGGCUUUCGAGUUCUGCCGCGAGCGGAAGAAACACAACAUCAUCUACACGGAAGUGAGGUACUCUCCUUUUGAGUUCCUCCCGCAAGGGGAGGAUGGACAGAUUGCAGACACCUCGAAAGCAGCAGAUGCCGUCAAGGCCGUGUGCGCAGGCCUGCGGAAGGGCCAAGCCGAGUUUGGCGUGAUGGUUCAGCAGAUCCUGUGCUGCAUUGCAGCGCAACCGGCGUGGUCUGCCCAGACGAUGGCACUUGCGGAGGAGUUCAGGAACGAGGGUGUGGUUGGAGUAGACAUCGCAGCUGGCGAGAUGCAUUUCGAGGACGGCGCAUUGCAUGAUGCACACCGGGAUGCCAUGGCUAUGGCGCAAAAGAAGGGCCUUGGUAUCACGGUGCAUGCUGCUGAGGCUGGACCAGGCGACAACGUUUGCAGGGCAAUGGAUGUUUAUGGUGCGACUCGAAUAGGCCAUGGUUACAGAUCUGUGGGCAUGCAGGCUUACGACUAUGCCAGGAGCAAGGGUGUGCACUUCGAGCUAUGUCCUACCUCCUCUGUUUCCACGCAAGCUAUUGAGCUGGAGAAGGCAGAUGGGUCACUUCAAUGGAAAACACACCCAAUAAGUCGCUUCUUUCUGGACGGCACUUCCUGCUCCAUCAACUCGGACGAUCCAGCAGUAUUCCGAUCUUCGCUCACCGAUGAGCUUGUCAUUUGCGUUAAAGAGAUGUGUCUCAGCUUGGAGAACAUGCAGUGGAUGACCUUGGAAGCUCUCGAGCAUGCCUUUCACUUGGAGAGUGGUGUGAAAGACACCAUCGCAGAAAAGGUGAAGGGUUUCUACGAGCAAACACUGAACUAA